CAGCCCCGAGUUUUCCUGGGCAGCCAACUUUAUCUGGCUGUCCUCAGGGUCUCGAGGUCCGUUCGGUCCAGCUGGGCACUGGACACAGUCCUAAUUUACGGUAAAUUUAAAACAACGACAAUAUCAGCAACACCUGGAAACCCCGGUUUGCCUGGUUCACCCUGUACGGAAAAACCGAAAGGAUUUAUCAUACAUUAA